UUUGGUAAUACGGGGCCAGCUAGCCAACAGACAUUCAAAAUCAAGUCAUUGUACACUUACUCAUCACGCAACGGAAAAACCAAAUAAAUACCUUCCGAAGCAAUCCAUCGCUUUUUAAAGAAGAAAAGAGAGAAUACAGAAGCUGGAAAUUUAACUUUUUCUUAUCAUGGUGAUGAAUAGGUUUUCUGCAAUAUUUUUGAGUAUUUUUGUUCUGGGUUGGGCGUAUUUCUUUUAUUUGGGUCAUUGCAGACAAUUGAAUCUACAAAAGGUGAUGAUUACUGGAGACUCUAAUGAUUGCAUGGGCUUUCAAAACAGCGUGGAGAUUGAAAGCCUCGCGAGAUUUGCUGUCCAAGAACACAACAAGAGACAGAAUGCUCUUCUUGAAUUUGUAAGGGCUCUGAAGGCCAAAGAACAGGUAGUUGCUGGCAAGCUAUACUAUCUUACUCUGGAAGCAAUUGAUGGUGGUCAUAAGAAGAUGUAUGAAGCUAAAGUAUGGGUGAAGCCAUGGAUGAACUUCAAACAAUUGGAGGAAUUCAAACAUGCUGAAAGUGAUCUUUCCCUUACUCCUUCAGACCUUGGAGUGACACAAGUAGUGAUAAGUUGUACACUCCUGCAACCAGAUGGUCAUGGAUCAGGAUGGCGAGCAGUGCCAACAAAAGAUCCUGAGGUCCAAGAUGCAGCAAAUCAUGCUGUUAAGUUCAUCCAGCAGAGAUCCAAUUCAUUGUCCCCAUAUGAACUCAUGCAGAUCCUUAAAGCUAAAGCCAAGCUAAUUAAAGACUAUGCCAAAUUUGAUCUGCUUCUGAAAGUAAGGAGGGGAAUUAAAGAAGAGAAUUUUGGGGUUGAAGUAACUAAAGACAAGGAAGGAAAGUUCUAUUUGAACUAGAUGCUACAAUAUGUUAUAAAGGUGUGGCUUGAUCUUGCUACCUGUUACAUUAUCAUAGAGAACGAUAAAGACAUGACUUGAUUAUGCUUAUUUCAUGUUUGGAUCUGUAAAUAUUGAUACCUGAAGAGUAUUUCUUCUGUGAGUUGCCCUGUAAAUCACAUUUGUACGUGUGAAUGCUCUAGAGGAGAACAGAUAUUGACUGUUAUAAAAGCAACUUAUGUUUUUGUA